CUCGGUCUCUCUGGAGUCUGGACUCGCCUCCACGGCUCCACCAUGUAUCCCAAGGCGGCAGACGAAGGUGCGCAGCCGCUGGCCACGGGCAUCCCCUUCAGCGGCGGCGGCGGCUACUACCAGGCGGGCGGCGCGAUGGCGGCGGCGUUCGCGGUGCAGGCGCAGGCGCCCGUCGCCGCCUGGUCCACCGGGCUCUGCAACUGCUUCGACGACUGCCACAACUGCUGCGUGACGUGCGUGUGCCCGUGCAUCACGUUCGGGCAGACCGCGGAGAUCAUCGACCGGGGCUCCACGUCCUGCGGCACCAGCGGGGCGCUGUACGCGCUCGUCAUGCUGCUCACCGGCUGUCAGUGCGUCUACUCCUGCUUCUACCGCGCCAAGAUGCGCGCGCAGUACGGCCUCCAGGUGAGCCCCUGCUCCGACUGCUGCGUGCACUGCUGCUGCCAGUGCUGCGCGCUCUGCCAGGAGUACCGCGAGCUCAAGAAGCGAGGCUUCGACAUGAGCAUAGGAUGGCAUGCGAACAUGGAGAGGCAGGGGCGCGCCGCCGCCGCCGUGCCGCCGCACAUGCAUCCUGGGAUGACCCGCUGACGCUCUGCCGCUCGCCUCACUUCUGCUGAGGAAAUCAAGUGAUUUGGUAUUGGUCCGCUCCCAGCAGGCAGUAUCAACUACUGUAACCAAUCCAUGAUCUGUAUGCGGUAUCGGGCUGAACUGAUACUUUAUGGACUUGUUGCUUCAACUUAGUCCGUAAAACGCUCAAGACCACAUGAAAAUAUGGUCCAUAAAACUUGUUCAAAAAUAGACAUUUUGCACUAUAUUUUAA